AUACGAAUUCGUUUUUUUUAUAAAGCAUCCUAACCUUCUAAAAUUGACAAAAAAAAAAAAAAAAAAAUCAAAAAAAAACAAUUCACCAUUUUGCUUGUACAUUUAAUGAUAAAAAAAUAAAGCUAUGUUAGGAACAAACAUACGCACGCGUUGAAAUAAUUAAAUGUUACAGUUUUCCUUUGUUUUCAACCCUUUUGCGUGAACAACAUAUAUAAAUUACAUUUACCCAAAUUUAUCACUUGAUAUUUUUUACCCUACAAAUAUAAGGCAUAAGAGGCCUUCCCCCACAUAUUCUUAAUUCUUCUAAGGAGAAAAUCAACCAACCAAUUUUGAAACUCGAUCGGCAAAAUGGGAAAAGGAAUAAAGAAGCACAUGAAGAGAGUCAAUGCGCCCUCGCAUUGGAUGUUGAACAAAAUGGGCGGCCAGUAUGCGCCCAAAACGAGUAGCGGUCCCCACAAGCUUAUCGAAAGUAUCCCCUUGGUAAUUUUGUUACGAAACCGACUGAAGUAUGCCUUAACGUUUGACGAAGUGAAAAUGAUAUUAAUCCAGAAAAUUGUAAAAGUGGACAACAAGAUAAGAACCGAUUGCACCUUCCCUGUUGGUCUUAUGGACGUUAUUCAUAUAACCAAGUCGAACGAAUAUUUUAGACUCCUGUACGACAUUAAAGGAAGAUUUGUCCCCCACCGAAUUACCAAUGAGGAGAGCAAAUAUAAGUUGUGCAAGGUGAAGAAAAUCAUUUUGAGAAAAGGACGAUUAUCCAUUGCCGUUACCCAUGAUGGUAGGAGCAUUCCAUACAUCCACCCAGACGUUAAGGUGAAUGAUACGGUUCGAUUAGACUUAGAAACCGGAAAAGUACUGGAACAUUUGAAAUUUCAAAUCGGCAGUAUGGUUAUGGUCACAGCUGGACACAGUGUUGGAAGAGUUGGUAUCAUUUCCUCCAUUGAUAAGAACAUAGGAACAUAUGAUAUUAUUCAUGUGAAGGACUCCAGGGGAAAAAUAUUUGCCACUCGUUUGAGCAACGUGUUUGUCAUUGGGGAUAAUUCGAAGCCAUAUAUCAGUUUACCCCGUGAGAAGGGAAUUAAGUUGGACAUCAUUGAGGAGAGAAGGAACAAGCUGAAGGCACAGAAUAACUAG